AUGACCCCCGUAAGCUGCUCUCCUGCCAAACAAACAGCCAGCUGCCUGCUCAACCCAUCCAUCCAUCCACUCCCAACAGCCGCACACACCCUGCCCGAUCACAUGCUACCCCACCCAUCCGAACAACAACUCCAUCCACUCCAGGCAGCCGACGCCCAUCUCGAACUGGCAACCACCCUCUCCCUGCCCAACCUGACCACCGAAUUCGCAAAACUGCCGACCGCGCUGCAGCAGUACACCCUCUUCAACCUGCUCAAGUCCUCCCGCCUGCCCGUCCUCCAAUUCGUCCAGCAGAUGAUCGGCCCAGCCCUCAAGCGCGACUUCAUCUGCGACCUGCCCCCAGAGAUCGCCAUCCUGAUCCUCAGCAAGCUCGAUGGCACCACGCUCUGCAAGGCCUCCGCCGUCAGCAGGACCUGGUUCAACCUCAUCCACAACAGUCGCUCGAUCUGGAAGCACCGCCUCAAGGCCGAGAACCUCUGGAUCGGCGACGGGAGCGAGGAGAUCGACGCCGAGGAAUGCGCGCUCGUCGAACGCGGCGCCAGCCACUGCGAGAUCAGCCGGUUCGCAAGACUCUGGAAGGCCGGCGUCUGGAACAAGCAACCAGCAAGCUCAGACCCAUACUACCACCACCACCACCACCACCACCACAACUCUGCUUACUCCCCAUCGACCGACCAACCCGCAGCUUCCUCCUCCAGACAACCCUCCCACCACCCAUCCCGUCAUCAGAGCCAAACACCCAGCAACUCAAGCUACCACGACCCUGCGGAUAGCGAGUCCCGCUCCGAGCACAGCCACAUCAGCCACAACCAGCAGCUAUCCGGGAACGAUCCAUUCAAGCUGCUCUAUCGGAGACGGUUCCUGACUCGGCGGAACUGGAUGAAGAAGGAGCCGCGUCGGAUCACCUUCCAAGGACACGCAUUGACCGUCGUAACCUGCAUCCAAUUCGACUGGUCCAAGAUGGUGGCGGCCUCGGACGACAACGUCGUGCAUUCCUACGACCUCCGCACCGGCCGACGACUCCAGACCUUCCUGGGCCACCAGGGCGGCGUGUGGGCCUUGCAGUACGUCGGGGACACCUUGGUGACCGGGAGCACGGACCGGACGGUGCGGGUGUGGGACAUGCGGACGGGGCGGAACACGCACGUGUUCCAUGGCCACACCUCCACCGUCCGGUGUCUGCAGAUCGUCGAGCCGGUCAAUGUGAACGGCAAGACGGGCGCAGGGGCGGUCUGGGAGCCGGCCUAUCCGGUGAUCGUCACCGGCUCGCGCGACUACACCCUCAGAGUAUGGAAGCUGCCCUCAGAGACCGACGAGGACUAUGCGCCCUGUCCCACCCCGGGCUCUCCGGACGACAUCGGGGCCUCGACCUCCGAGCCGAGCUCGGCCAACCGGUUCCAUCUCCACUUCCUACGCGGCCACUCCCAUGCGGUGCGGGCGUUGGCGGCCAAAGGACGGACGAUGGUCUCGGGCUCGUACGACUGCACGGUCCGGGCCUGGGACAUCAUGACGGGGAAAUGCACCCAGGUGAUGAAGGGGCACACGCAGAAGAUCUACUCGGUCGUCCUCGACGGCUCCCGGGGCCGAUGUGCAUCAGGAUCGAUGGACAACACCGUCCGUCUGUGGGACCUUUCCACGGGCACGACCAUCCGGAUCCUCGGCGAACACAGCUCCCUAGUAGGCCUCCUAGGGCUGAGUCCGCGCCGACUGGUAUCCGCGGCGGCGGACGCCACUCUCCGUGUAUGGGACCCGUCGACGGGGGCGUGUCGGUACGAGCUGAAGGGCCAUCUCGGCGCGAUCACCUGUUUCACGCACGACGAGUUCCGAGUCGUGUCGGGUGCGGACGGGACGUUGAAGCUCUGGAACGGGGAGAACGGGGUGCUGGUGGGCGACCUGCUCUCGGGCUUCUCUGCGGUAUGGCAAGUCUCGAUGGACGAGCGCUUCUGUGUGGUAGCCGUCCAACGGGGCACGGAGAGCGAAUACGUAGUGCUCGACUUCGGCCGCUCCGACGGGAAAACCGACCCGCCCGACGACCCGCUCGACCUCCCCGACUCCCCCCUCAUCCCGCCCACCCUCCCCAUCCCUCCCCCUCAGCUCCUGCAUCCCAGACUGCUCAAUCAGCACCAUCGCCUCCAACAUCCCCUCCCUGAUAACGCCUUUCGCAUCUUGCCUGACCACAACCAUCAUCACCACCACCACCAGCAUCGAAAUGCCGCCGAUCAGCCGGAAAUCGAAGACCGUUAG